AUGUCGCUCAUUAAGGAUGCUCUGGUAGCGGUGAUCACCGGGACCCUGUCCAACCUUGGCAUCAACGUGGCUUACCGGCUUUUGGAACUGGUGCCUCUGGAGGAGAAUCUCACCAUCGUCGUCACCCUGAGAACGUUGCCUAAAGUGAAGGAAGUCAUCAAGGAUAUUCAGGAUUACAACGCUAAGAACACUCAGCGUAAGGGGGACUUGGAGUUCGACUACUUGUUGGUCGAUUUCACCGACAUGGUGCUGAUCCUUCUGGCGUACUACGAGCUUACCAAACGGUACCGGAAGAUCAACUAUUUCUUCGUCAAUGCCGCCCAAGGCGUGUACGACGGGAUCGACUGGAUCGGAGCGGUGAAACAAAUCUGCACCAACCCCAUCGAAGGGGUCACUCAUCCUACAUACAAGUUACAGAGGGUUGGCGUUAAGCUGGCUGAUGGUUUGGGGCUUAUGUUCCAGGCGAACGUGUUUGGUCCCUACUAUCUCAUCCACCGCCUCACUCCGUUACUCAAAGCGGGCCACGGUAAAGUGGUGUGGAUUUCCAGUGUCAUGUCUAACCCGAAGUACUUGUCGUUUGAAGACUUACAACUCCUUCGAUCACCCGACCCUUACGAAGGGCUGAAACGACUCGUCGACUUGAUGCACAUGGGGACUUAUAAGCGACUUAAGGCAGAAGGGAUCACGCAGUACUUGGUUCAGCCCGGGAUCUUUACGUCGUUCCUGUUUUUCCAAUUUCUUAAUGUGUUCACAUACUACGGGAUGAUGAUGUUAUUUUACAUUGCCCGGUGGUUGGGGCUGCCCAUCCACAAUAUCAGCGGCUACAUCGCUGCUAACGCUCCUAUCAAAUGUGUCACUGAAACUCAGCCACAAGACCAAAAGGUGGGGCUGGCGUGUGACCGUUGGGGUAAAGAAUACUUAAUGGUCCAAGACGUUGACGCCACUGGCGCUGAGGACGUCGCCGCUUACUUGGACAAACUCUGUGCGCAAUGGGACGAGACCCUUAAGGACCAAAUUGUCCAUAGCCGUAAGCACUAA